CUGCAGAUGUUCAAGGUUUCGAUUCGUAAGGUGGCCCUCGGCUUAGAAUGCGAUUUCAAGGCCAAGGCCAGCGUGGCCAUCAAGCUGAUCAGAGCCAUCGAAAGGGCCCUUCUGGAGGAGGUCUCGCGGCGCCUGUCCCGCUUCCCGGACUUCGGGCCGCGGGUGGCUAACCCGUGUGAUCUCCCCCGGAGCCUCGCGCGCAAGCUGGCUCACCUGCGCCAGGUUGCAGCCCGGCUGGCGAAAGAGCACGCGCUGGACGAGCUGCGGCGUUCUCACGAGGAUUUAAGCAGCGCCGAUGCCUUUAAGGCCCAGGCCGCUCGACAGCGCAAGCGGCGACUCAUCCAUCGCCUGGCCCCGGGCAGGAGCUGCGCGUUGGCCGCGGUUCUCAAGGGCAACGGCGAGGUCACCGCGGACGUGACUGACAUGGCCCAUGCCUUGUGGGAGCAGCGGGCAAAGACCUUCCAGGACCACCGCCCCCUCGCGGACGUUCUCAACUUUCGACUCGACUGGGUUCGCCUGCGAACAUUUCAGUUCGAGAGGGCCAUCAAGAAUGCCAGCAACUUCGCCCCUGGCCCGGACGGCGCCCCGUUUCUCGCUUGGAUGCGCUGCGCCCGCUGCUCUGCGUCGCUUCUUUACGCCGCUUCCAAGCGCAUCCGCGGGGAGGGUGCCUCGGGGCUCGCGGCGGACGAGGCCCGGAUGUUCAACGCCAGCCUUCUGUGCCUUCUUCCUAAGAGGCCAGCUGGCUCCUUGCCCUCGGGCGAAG